AGCGGGACCCCUGUGUGUGAGUUAGCCAAUUGGCAGUGAGCUCACCUGAUUGCGGAGAGUGAUAUUACUUGUGCUGCAACAAGGGGUCAUUCCGUCCCGAGGCGGAGAGAGGAUCACAGCGCAAUCGAAGCAGGAUUAUAGCGACCCAGUGCAUCUAUCGAGCCUGUUACCACUAAACGACCAUGACCAGCGAGCAAAGUAAACCAAUCGCUUUGGAUGAGCGGGAUGUUCAUUUGUUUUUUCAUAUGUUUGGAAGGUACGAGCCAGCGGUGGCUUUGGGAGUUAUUGUUAUGUUGUCUGUGUGGGCUUUGUUCAACAUCCUACACAGAACUAUCAGGGGUCAAAGAAGGAAAAAGGACGAAAAUGCCCUGGAGACAGAAGUGAGGGCAGUUGAGAAAAUGACAAUCGAAGAACAACAACAUUGCCACACUAAGUCAACAGUUUCAGAGAACCUAAGGGAAGAAGUAUCCAAAGCCCAAGACAAUAGCACUGGGGAAAGUGGUGGUGUUCUUUCACCGCCACAUAAUCCUGAUCUCUGUGCUGGGGAGCAUGAGUUUCAUGAUCAUGCAUCUGAGGACCCAGAAUCUCUUAAGGAACUUGCAAGCGACACAGAAGUAGAAAGCAAUCGGCAUCAACAUCUUUGUGACAAUAUGGAGUCUCUUCUUGACAAUUUUGAUCGUGACAUAGAGACAGAAAAGAAGGUUGAGUUCCUGUAUGCCAACUUGAACAGCCAGCCAGACCUGCCCUCAGAGAAAAUGAGCUUAAGCGUGAUGGAAAAAACCCGUAAAAAUAGCCACGACUAUUUUGAUGACAGUCAACGAGUCAGCAGUCAACAGAAUGGUUUGAUAAACAGUGCUGGUAACAUUUCGGUGUUCCAGAAAAACACACACGGUCUGGACAGCAGCCGCAGCUGCCGAGAGGAGCAGACCUGUCGAAUAACAGAGAUAAAUGCAAUGGAGACAACUGUGAAGAGCCAUCAAGAAGACUACCAACAUCUGCGGGAACACUGUGAACAUCUGAGCAACUUUCACUACCACGGGCUCCUCAGCAGCCUUCAUGAGCGGGAGAGUGACCGCCACCGGCCGCCCAGCGAUCUGCCCCGGCUGGAUGCCGUUGGUGAGGUUUCGGAAAGUAAGACGAAGACCCUGAAAAGUGGUACGAGCCAGCCCCCGGAGGACAACGGCGAGAAGACCGAGAUAAACAUCAUGGAAGCGACCAUGGACUACAACGAGUGGAUGAACAGCAGCACUGCGGAAAUGAAUAAGUCGAUCGGUUGGUCCGGGAAAAUUAUGAAUGGCACAGCUGAUGUUGGCAUUGCAGAGCAGUGCAUCCAGAAGCUGGCUGACUAUAACCUAGCAAAAAUCAGCAUCACAAAGGAAUCCGGAACAACCUGCACCUUGUUGGACAGCGACCCAGCAGCUGUCCAGCCUACGACCCAGACCGUCGCAGUGAGCUUCUGUGUGCACUACAUUACCGAUUCCUCCUUUCAGCUCCUGGCUGUAACUGGGAACCAGCAGGAGCUGGGAGAUUGGAAGGAGUUUGUCCCCCUCAGGAGGGCGAAGGAUGGGUUCUGGGUCAGUUCCGUGGACCUCCCUGCUGAUGUUCACGUGGAGUGGAAGUUUGUGGUGGUGGAGAAUGGAAGGAUCCAUCGCUGGGAGGAGUGCAGUAACCGGCACCUGGAGACUGGCUGUGAAAAUGUUAUCCACCUUCACAAGUGGUGGGGUUGUGUGUGAUCACCAGGGAUCUCAAUGUGAGGUACAAUCAAGUGGGUACGGAGCUUAGACCAGUGGUCCUCACUCCUGGUCCUGGACUGCCGCAGGAUGUGCUGGUUUUCGUUGUUACUCACCACUUAAUUGAUCAAUUAAAGCAGUUAAUUUCACAGUUAAUUUCACCUGGUUUCUUGGGUCUGAAUUGGCGGCUCUCCAGGACCAGUAGUGAGGACCACUGGCUUAGAUUCUACUCCAAGUGGAUGAUGGUCCAUGAAACCUCAUUUCCCAUGCAUUUAGUAACAGCUACUCUACUACUAGAACCGUUAUCCUGCUUUUUGAAAUGUGCAUGUUAUAUCGUAUAAUGGACAUCAAACAAAUAUGAAUCAGUACACUAUCAUAAUGAGCAAUAAUGUAUAGGACUACAGUACAUGUAAUAAAAAAACAGUAUAUGACCUAUGAUAUAUUAAAUAGACUAAAUAUAGAAAUAUCUAUGAUCAACAUGAAUGAAAUGUAAUCCUAAAAUUGUCAUCGUUAUUUUGAAAGGUAUAGUUUAUGCUACAGACAAUUCAAUUUUUUAAGAAGAUUUUUGAAUGAUCUGAAUGUCUAUUUGUCUGUUUGUCUUUCUGUCCACAAGUAUAUUUUAAAUUUGUGUGAUCAUUGAUUAUUUAAUUUCUUUACAAAAUAUAUUCACCUCAUUUAAACAUAAUUAGACCAAAUAACAUCCAGAUAUAGCACAUAACUGUGUUUAUAAAGCUUUAAAGCCAGGGCAUUUUGGCAUUUGAUAUUAGUGCUUUGAGAUUUUUUGUUAUGUUAUUUCAACAAAUUGGCCCUUACUGUGCCAAUAGUAAAACAGUGAAUAUAAUAAACAAGAGGGUGUGCAGUUUUUAUGACACCUUUAUAUUUGGCCUCAUAAAACAUGGCAGCUAAAUGCCAGCUAAGCUUUGUAAUUCUUGAAUUAUUUUGGCAAAUGCUAUUGGUUUUCACAUGGAAUAUGCUGUAUCUAUAUUUUAUAAUCAAUGGCAUUUUGAAGAAUGGAAAGUGAGCUACAUAUGCUACUCAAUGUUUCCAAUUAUUCAUUAUUUUCACUCUGUUAAGAUGCAAAACUGAAUAUAUAUGCAAUUUCGUCAAGAAAAAACAUUUUUUUAUGUUGGAAAAUAAAUAAAUAAAUAAAUGCAAUUUGAAACAAA